AGAAAACAUCGGACUUAUCAGCGGUGUAUCAUUCGUCAUCGGCUCGAUAAUCGGUUCUGGAAUAUUCAUCUCACCAAAAGGCGUCUUUAUUGAAACUGGUUCAGUCGGGCUCAGUUUGCUGGUGUGGCUUUCAGCAGGGGUUCUUUCCCUUAUAGGUUCACUGUGUUACUGCGAGCUGGGAUGUAUGAUACCGAAGUCGGGGGCCGAAUACCCGUACUUGAUGGCAGGGCUUGGGAAGAUCGUCGCUUUUCUGUUUGCAUGGACACAGUGCAUGGUGCUGACUCCUUCGGCGGUUUCUAUUUGCAUGCUCACUUUUGCCGAAUACCUAGUUGCACUGUUUGAUAACUGUGGAAAUCCUCAAAUACUUGUCAAACUUUUGCAACUUUUUAUAUUUUUCUUACUAGUCUUCCUUGCCAUCGUUAACUGCUGGGACACCAAGCAAGUUGCAGGUCUACAAGUAUUCUUUUCUGCAGUCAAGCUCAUUGCCCUCUGCAUCAUAAUCCUAGGAGGUUUCAUAUGGCUCGGAAAAGGUGAGACAGCUUCUAUGCAGAAAGGAUUUUCUGGCACAACGGAUUCCGCUUCGUCUAUUGCAAUAGCAUUUUACAACGCUUCAUGGGCGUAUGAAGGAUGGAAUAGAUUGAAUUGUGUUACGGAGGAGCUGAAACACCCACAGAAAAACCUUCCACGAGCGAACAUCUUGGGUAUAUCUGUCGCUAUCGUGGUAUAUGUCCUGGCGAACGUUUCAUACCUGACCGUACUGGGGACGGAUGGACUUCUGAAGUCUGAAGCUGUAGCCUUUACUUGGGGAGAGACAGUUCUUGGACCAGCCGGGAUUAUCAUGCCUAUUGCAGUGAUGUUAUCGACUAUUGGUGCUGCAAAUGGAUCCUUGUUUGGUGGGUCCAGGAUCAUGUAUGCUGCGGCAAGAGAGCACCAAUUACCUGAGGUGUUGUCAUACGUGAGCUUUAAACAGUACACACCGAUACCCUGUAUUAUCUUGACUACUAUGCUCGCCCUGGUGUUUAUUAUGAUCAGUAAUAUACGAAGCCUGAUUACAUUCUUCAGUUUCGCAGCCUGGUUAUUUUACGGACUUACCGUUUUAGCAUUGCUGGUGCUGAGAUUCACGAUGAGGGAAGUUCAUCGUCCAAUCAAAAUCUUUAUUUUGCUUCCUGUGGUGUUCAUGGCAUUUUCCGUGUACCUAGUGGUAAUACCGAUAGUCCAAAAUCCCACCAGUGAGUUCUUGUACGCAUGCGCAUUUAUAUUUGGAGGUCUGGUGUUCUAUGUUCCGUUCGUUCACUUCCGGGUUGAUCGUGGCUGUUGCAAACCAGUUACCAGAUCAAUCCAAUGCCUGAUGGAAGUUGUACCAAGUCCUUACGACCUUGACGACGUGUCUGGAUACCAACCAUAGUCUUCAUCAUUUGUAAUUUCGCAAUUAUCAAUUACUCUGAAACUCGGUACAUAGCACAAUUUCAGACAUCACAAUUGUUGUUUUAGAUGUCUUAGCAUUUAUUCGUAAUAUAUCUAUAAUACCAAGUUUGUUGACAGCUUAAAAUAGAUCAACAGCGAGCUUAUUUAAAAAAAAAAGACUGCAAAUAUUACAGAACAGGUUGCGUUACAAUUUGAUGAUAUGCAUACUUAGGUAUCUGUGUUUUAUUGUUUUGCUAGCCCACGUGUGUCAUUAUAUGAUUAUUUGAUAUCACGGUAUUCUGUUUACAUUUUAAUUGAUUGGUCUUUUGAUAAACCACAAACAGUUGUCAUAAUUGUUUACAUUUUAGUGAUUUACAUGUAAAUCUAGUGGAUAAAGCGUACAAAAAAUUGAUAUUUGGAACAAAUAAUAUAUUCCAUUUAUAACUAUGAUAUAUUGCACGUUCAAUUAAUGGAUUACACGUAGACUGGAUGGAUUACACGUACGAUGGAUGAAUUACACGUACAAUGGAUGGAUUACACGUACAAUGGAUUAAGUACACGUACAAUGGAUGGAUUACACGUACAAUGGAUGGAGAACACGUACAAUGGCUGGAGUACACGUAGAAUUGAUGGAUUACAUUUGCAAUGGAUGGAUUACACGUACAAUUGAUGGAUUACACGUACAAUGGAUUGAGUACACGUACAAUGUAUGGAUUAAACAUACAAUUGAUAGAUUACAUUUACAAUGGCGGGAUUACACGUAAAAUAGAUGGAUUACACGUAUCAUGGAUGGAUUACACGUGCAAUGGAUGGAUCAACGUACAAUUGCUGGAUUACACGUACAAUUGAUGGAUUACACGUGCAAUAGAUGGAAUACACGUACAAUUUAUGGCGUACACGUACAAUUGAUGGAUUACACAUACAAUUAAUGGAGAACACGUAGAAUUGAUAAAUUACAUUUACAAUGGAUGAUUUACACGUACAAUUGAUAGAUUACACGUACAAUGGAUGUAUUA